GAGGCGGCGGCGUCAGCGGUGCCUGGGGCCUGAGGAGGCGUCGUCCCCUCAGGCUUCGCCUGGGGAGCGCGUCGGGGCGGUGCGCCGCCGGCAGCUCCGGGACCGCUUCGGGGACGCGGCGGACCCGGGCUGGAUGUGACCUUCUCCUGCCUGGAGUAGCUCAAACUCUUAGAAGUUUCAGUGCACACCUGAGGUGGCAGUUUACAUAAAGAAAGCACUGGGACUGUGGCCACACCUUCAAGAAUAAAAAAAAAAAUUAGAAAAUGGAACAACCAUGUAUGUUAUGUGAGGAAGAACAGGUGCCAGAACCACAGCAGAAUGUAGAAGAUACCAAACAAGUAGAUGAAGAUGCUGAGCUGAUCUUUGUUGGAGUGGAACAUGUAAAUGACGAUGCUGAGCUGAUCUUUGUUGGAGUGACUUCAAAUUCAAAACCAGUUGUUUCAAACAUUUUGAACAGAGUUACCCCAGGUUCAUGUUCAAGGAGAAAAAAGUAUGGUCACCUCAGAAAAGGUACUACUCACAAAUUGCAGCCAGUAAGUUAUGUGACCCCUGUAUCAGAAGCAGUGACCGACUUGCCAGUUUCUGAAUCUGAAUCAAGAUCAACAGAUAGUCCUAUUAUUAUUGAGCCUUUGUCUAAACCUGAUUAUAAAAAUAAUUCACCACAAGUCGUGCCUGAUAGCUCUUCAGAGUUAUGUUCUCCUUUGAUUACAUUCACAAGUUCAUUACAGCAUCCAGGAGGAGCAGCACUUUCUGUAGGAGGUAUGAAUCAAAGUACUUGCAUAUCAAAGCGACUUUCCACUGCUGAAGUAAAUGAUAUAAAUCCCAAAAGGCCUAAGCUCAGUGAUGGAAUCAUAGGGGGACAUGCUUCAGCUUUGUCCCCUUCAGGUAACUUUCAUACAAUGACUACACAGCAAAGCACACUCUCAAACAAUGUUCAUACCUCAUUAAGCCAUGUUCAGAAUGGAGCACCUUUUCCAACAGCUUUUCCAAAGGACAGUGUCCAUUUCAAGCCUAUAAGCCCCGUUAAGGAAAACAAACUGACAGAAACAGACCUUUUGAGUCUAGCAAGUCAAAACCAAAUUGUUGAUUCCAAGAAAGGAAGUCUGGUCAUAUUACUUCAUGACUUUUAUUAUGGGCAGUAUAAAGGAGACAGUCAGCCAGAACAGAAGACUCACACAACCUUUAAAUGCCUCAGCUGCUUGAAAGUUCUAAAAAACGUCAAGUUUAUGAAUCACAUGAAGCACCAUUUGGAACUUGAGAAGCAGAGGGCUGACAGCUGGGAAAACCACACCACCUGCCAGCACUGCCACCGACAGUUUCCCACUCCCUUCCAGCUUCAAUGUCACAUUGAAAGUGUACACACUACCCAGGAGCCCUCUGCUGUCUGUAAAAUUUGUGAAUUGUCAUUCAAAACAGACCAGGUUCUCUUACAGCACAUGAAGGACAAUCAUAAGCCUGGUGAAAUGCCCUAUGUGUGCCAGGUUUGCAAUUACAGAUCGUCAGCCUUUGCUGAUGUGGAAAUGCAUUUUAGAACAUGUCAUGAAAACACUAAGAAUUUGCUCUGUCCAUUCUGUCUUAAGAUUUUCAAAACUGCAACACCAUACAUGUGUCAUUAUAGGGGACACUGGGAAAAGAGUGUUCACCAGUGUUCCAAAUGCCGGCUACAGUUUUUAACUUUCAAGGAGAAAAUGGAGCAUAAGACCCAGUGUCAUCAAAUGUUUAAGAAACCUAAGCAACUAGAGGGAUUGCCCCCCGAAACAAAGGUUGUUAUUCAAGUGUCACUGGGACCUCUUCAACCAGGAUCAGUGGAAUUAGCAUCUGUUACUGUGAGCACGUCUGAUUCUGAACCAUCACCCCCCAGGUCUAAAAGUAGAAUUCCAAAAAAACCUCGUUAAUUCUAGUUUCAGUAAUUCUAAAGCAGGUCAAAAGUCAAAAACUCCAUAGGAAACAAAAAAAUACAACCCAUACAUUAUUCAGUAUCAUCAAAAAUAGUGAAACCAAUGAGUCAUUUAUGAGUUUCUUUUUAAAUUUAUGAAAUACAGUAUUGUCUGAUCUGAA